CUCCAAAAGGAUGCGUUAACGGUUUUGUCUAAACAAAGAUUAUUCUCGAGAUAUUUUAAGCUUUUUGGAUCAUUGUUUCCCAAAAAAAGCCUCAAAAUAUAAAAAAGAGAAGCGAUUUAUUGGAAAUAACAAUUGUGCCGCUUUAGGCGGUCUCAAUACUUGGUGGAUGCUGUAUUUGUUUUGCAGCCUAAUAUCGAUUUUAUCAGGCGCAGCAUCAGUAUUAUUCAAAACAAACACAGCUUAAAAGCUGUCCAAGCGAUUCCUAUAUAAAUAGAAUAUUGGAUAAUAUAUCCAAGUGGAGCCAUGAAGCGCCAAAAUGUUAGAACUUUAUCCCUAGUGGUUUGCACAUUUACUUACCUUUUAAUUGGCGCCGCGGUUUUCGACUCCUUGGAGUCGCCAACGGAGGCCAAACGAUGGGAGUUCUUACAAGCGGUUAAAAAUAAUUUUGUAAAGAAAUACAAUGUUAGCGAUGAGGACUUCCGGGUGAUGGAAAUCGUUAUCAUUGAAAACAAACCUCACAAAGCAGGACCCCAGUGGAAAUUUGCAGGAGCUUUUUAUUUUAGCACGGUUGUCUUGGCAAUGAUUGGGUAUGGACAUUCAACUCCAGUCACUAUUCCAGGGAAAGCAUUUUGUAUGGGAUAUGCAAUGGUGGGUAUACCCUUGGGACUGGUGAUGUUCCAGUCGAUUGGUGAACGUCUCAACAAAUUCGCUUCGGUUAUUAUAAGAAGAGCGAAGAGGGCCAGCGGAGCCCGGUGCACGGAUGCCACCGAAAUGAAUCUCAUGCUGGCCACUGGGAUGCUUUCCUCCAUUAUUAUUACCACGGGAGCAGCUGUAUUUUCCCGCUACGAAGGCUGGAGCUACUUUGAUAGUUUUUAUUACUGUUUUGUCACCCUGACCACAAUUGGUUUCGGGGACUAUGUGGCACUGCAGAAUGAUCAGGCUCUCACUAAUAAGCCAGGCUAUGUGGCUCUCAGUUUGGUGUUUAUCCUGUUCGGAUUGGCCGUCGUUGCCGCCAGCAUCAAUUUGCUGGUCCUUCGAUUUAUGACCAUGCAAGCGGAGGAUGCCAAAAGGGAUGAGCAGGAUGCCCAGAACUUGGCAGGAAAUGCCCAGCCAGUUACUUUUGAUGACGAGUCCACAUACAACAUGCAUGGAAAGCUCCUGGAGAACAACUAUACUACUGAGAAUGACGAGACCGCCUCGCUGUGCUCCUGCACCUGUAUGGGUGGCACUCGUUGCCUGAAUCAUGAACAGUUUGUGGAUCCGGACUUCCAGCCCACGGACAUCAUCGAAAGCACUCUGUGUUUAAAGCGAGCCUCCGUCUGAUAUCCGUACAACCAGCUCCGACACUCAUCUUCUUGGGAACCAGAGCCAAGACCGAAGAAUACCCUCGAAUCGGGGCCCGCCAGAAUGUAGAUGCAAUCCCGUAGAGACCCAACCACCUGAACCAAACGAUGGUUGUUAGAAUAUCCUACCCCCAAACA